GGCACUGAAUAGGGUCUUUCGCGUUGCGAGAUUUCGAUAAAAAUUUGCUCACGAUGAGGUGGCGCACAACCCAACCAUCGGUGGACCCGGUUCGGGCGACAGUCAGUCGAGGUUCGCGACCACGUUAAGACGCACAUCUUUUUCCGUACCACGUCCGUCUCGAGUGUCGACGUAGCCAAACUAGCUGCUGUGGUGUGAGCUGUGUAAAGCAAUCCGUUUUUGGGGCGAUUAUUUCAGCGUAGAAAAAGAAGCGAGCAGUGAUUUAGUUACGUGCUGUUGCGAUAGUUCGCCUGUGUAUUCAUAUAAAUCCUAAUCGAUAAGCGAGCGGCAUUGUGAAGCAAACCGACCACCACCUGGAGGGUUUCUAUUGAAUUGUUACAACUGUCCGAUAACGUGUCCCGAUGAAUGAUGGAUUAAUUGGAGGAAAUUUUAUUUGCUAUUGACGAGCUGCAAGCAAACUCACCCGCGACCCGUCAGCGCAUCGAAGACCACCACCCGACUUGAACGUUCGGCGCCUUAGAUUGCGAAAAGACGCAACAAACAAGAGGGCGACAAAUCUCAGCUAUUAUUCGUUGUAGAUCCGUACGAUACGGAAGGUGUGAUGUCAGUUGGUGUUGUGUCCGUCUGGGUCUUGAUGAUAGGAGGACGAGUGUGACCAGUGUACAACAUCGCUCGUUCGGAAUGUUUCGGUGGCCGCGAGAGUGAUAACGUACGUGCAUCCGGAGCAAGCAAUAAGCGUUUAGUGCUCGAUUGGUUUUUGUUCGGAGCAUCAGGGGCCACUGAAGUAGUUAUUGCCUUUGUCAGUCUUGGCUGCAGCGCAGAGAGGCUUAGUCCCUAUAAGCUGCCCCACGUUUGACUGGAUUGAGUGGAUAUGAACUGUAAAUACUGUGCCGAAUGUCGACGCCGAAUGACUAAGAUCCAUGUAGACAUUCACUAAGCCGCGCGAACCUAUAAGCUUUGUGCCCGUGAAACUGAACAGUGAUGAGACAUAGUAGUAAUGCUGAAGUUGAUUGUGCUGUCUCUCGCAUUAGUGCUCCUCGGUAAUGGACGCGUGUCGGCGCAAGAACCGAAACUGCUCACCGUCCAGGACACCGAUUCCUUCAAUAGUGUAGAAAGUGACUUGCCGGAAGAUGCUUCCCAUGCGAGCUGUCGUUUAAAGCCGUUAACUAUUACCGUCUCACGAUCGUUCGUAAACGUUAAAGAAUGGCGCACGGAGAACGAUGCGGGCGUGUCCUACGCGUUGGUUGUGUAUUGGAUGGAGCGAAACAGAACCAUGUCCAAAGCGCGUUUAAAUGUGAGCCAAUUUAGGGACGUUACACUCCCGGAGCAAGAUCUGUGCACCGUGCGCCAGGUAAACGUUUAUCGAACCGAUUCACGCACGUCCGACUGUGUGUUUGGUGUGUGGACACAACCUCCAAGGUUGGAAGUAACCCGGCUGCAGGUGUUGGAAGUUGCUAGUCAGCCGCAGCCAUCGUACGCUCUCACUUGGGACGUGGAACGGGCGGAGUGUGUCGCACAGUACGAGAUAUUGGCGGAAGGGAACCGUCCCGUACUUACGCAGAUUGCUUCCGUUCGACUGGUAAACUUCAUGUACAGCAAACCUCGCCUUCAAAUCAAUGUGAGCUACCGGAAUGGAGCUGUUGUGCAAAGGGUGGUGGAGUUGUUAACCACUCUGCCAGCCAGCUUUACUGCGCCGUGCGCCAUUCAAGUUGCGAUACAGAUGCGAGAGGCAGCGAAGAGUGAAGCGAAUGGGCAGCUGGAUAAUUCAACCGCCGUCUGGGUUCGCCCCGUUACGGCCGGUACUGUUUCGAAAGGAACUGUUUGUGCACAGCUGAAAGCUGAGUCAGCACUUCCCAGCAUAGCAGCAGCAAACUCCCUUGCCAAAGUCGCCAUCGCUAUUCCACCGAACUGUGCUGUCCGAUCGGUAUCGAACGCGGGUGAUCUUACCAUCAAACCCGGCCCAGUCGGUCCGGUACGCAAUCUUCGCGCAAACACCGCUUUCGACCGUAGUGUGUUGCUGACGUGGGAGCCUCCAAUCGAUGGAGCACCGUGCGUCAAGGAGUAUCUCAUCACGUGGUCCUCCGAAAGCCGCAUCAUCGAGGCACAGAAAAAGCUGUUCAACGUAACGAACCUGGAGCCGUGCAUGUCGUACGAGUUUACCGUGCAAGCUAUCGACCAGGCCAACGAUAAGGGUGUGCCGGCGAGCAUAACGGCAACGGUGCGCGAAAUUCAGCAGCUGUCGGAGGUGACCGAGCUGGAGUUGAACGAGGUGGAACCACGAUUGCUGUCGGUGAAAUGGAAGCAACCGCUAAACGGGACGUACUGUGUGGAAUCGUACCGUGUGUCCGCUUGGUACACGGUACCGGAAACUGGUGUGGACGAGGAAGUGUUCUCCAACACCACCACCGACCAGCACGUAACGUUCGGCGAGGUGAUCGCGUGCAUGACGUACAUUGUGCAGGUGAUACCGAUCUCCAUCAGCAAAAACGACGGUCUAAACCGGAUCGAUGAGCUAAGGACGAAGGAGCGCAUCAUCCUGUCGUACCACAUAAAGCCGGUCACGGCGAAUGCAAUAUAUGCGCGAAGCCUCGACCUUACGACGUCCCUGCACAGCGAAAACAAUAACAACUGUCCGUUGUUCAGUGUGCAGUUUAACUGUACGCUGGUGAAGGACAAUGAACCGGAUCCGGAAACACAGAUUGUCAGGGAAUUUGUCAUUCCGAACGCGACGAUCAGCUUUAAUGGCACGGUGGAACCGUUGAUACCGUACUCGAUGUACGCGUGCGAUGCCCAGGUUCGGAACAGUGCGGGCUGGAGCGAUCCAACGGCACCGACCACCAUCCAAACACUGGAAGAUGUGCCCGAAAGUCCGAGUGUGGUGGAACUGGUGGGCGAUAAUCGUGCGAUGAACAUAACCUGGAACGCACCGACGGUAAAGAAUGGGGUGGUUGUGCGCUACCGGAUACACGUCCGCAUGGUUGCGCCCGAGUAUCCGAUACCGACGUUUUGCGCACCGCUGGAAGAGUACAACGAAACGGUCGAUCUGCGGGACGAGGUGAAUCCGGACGAGUCGCGCAGCUGGGAUGGGUUCGAGUUUAGGCACAAGGUCGAGAAGCUGAACCCGUACACACGGUACGUUGUGCAGAUAGCGGCAGCUACCGGUGCCGGUUUGGGUCCGUACUCGGAACCGGCCGAAACUGUCACCCUGCCCGACGUGUCGAACAAAACGGAGAGCUUUCGGAUCGAUAAGGUGGAAGGGCCCGAGCUUGAUCAACCGUACAAGUCUUCGGUGUGGUUUGCGUGGAGCCUGCCGUGCGGCUUGCACGGAAGGCUGACGCGGUUCUAUGGCCUUAUGCACGGUGUGCGGGAGCAGGAUCCGAACGUUCCGCAUAUCAUCGAGUGGGAUGUAAGCGUUGGCGAUGGCGAGCCAAUAAACGACACGUACAGCUACGUCGAGAGUCGUCUGAAGCCCGAAUACAACUAUACCGUUUCGCUGAGCGUGGAGGUAGCGAAUGUGUCCGAGCCGAGUCCCGCUGUGCAGCUACAGUUUCAAUCACCGGCAGGCAUUCCGACGAUCGAUCACACGGAGGAAUGGUUCAAUGUGGACGUGUUUGAGGCGCCCAACCCUACCAACACGGCCCGCAUAGUGUUGGGCAAUAUGACGCUCACGUCGGACUUUGGGAGUAUACGCUACAUGGCACUGCUCAUAUCGGAGCGGCUCUGCCAGGAGGAUCCGCUGCCCCGUACCGAUUUCAUUAAUGACACCGAAAAGCCCCAGUGGCCCGAAAUUCCGAACUGGUAUCGGGCAAGCAAUAUGCGCUGCGUGGAACAGUACCAGACGACACCGGAGUUUUGGAAUCCGAUGGCACGCAUGAGCCGCGACGAGGACGGUCCUGGACCGAUCGAGUACGUCGUGGGCAAGGAUGACUGUGGAAAUGGGAAGGGGUACUGCAAUGGGCCGCUCAAACCCGGCACGGAGUACGCACUCAUCGUGCGCAUCUUUUCGCGCAGUGGGUUUACCGACUCCGAGAUGCAGGUGUUCCGUACGGAUUCGCUGAUAAAGAUCGGAUUGAUUGUGAGUGCCGUCAUCGGCUGUUUGCUGCUGGCGUUCAUUGCCGGCUUUGUGAUUGUGUGGCGCAAGCAGCGGCUGCUCCUGCCAGCUCAGCAGACGGGCCGCACCCCAACCGAGGAACCGUCCGACAUACCGGUGAAAAAUUUCCCCGCCCAGUACGACGAGCUGUUUCAGGCGAACCGGGAAAAGGUGUCGAAAGAGUUCCAGGCCAUCAACUACUUCUCGGACUUUUCGCUCCAGGAGACGGUUAGCUUUCAGAGUGCGCGCGAGAACGAGCGCAAGAACCGGUACAUCAACAUCUUGCCGUUCGAUUCGAAUCGGGUGCUGCUGGACAGUAAUGACGAUGACGAGGAUGGUCGGGAGGGCGAAUGCGGCUGUAACGACUACAUCAAUGCGUCGUUUGUCGAGGGCUACAAGUACCAGCGGGAGUACAUUGCGACGCAGGGUCCGAAGCAGGAAACGUGCUACGACUUUUGGCGCAUGGUGCUGCAGUACGAGAUCGAAUCGAUCGUGAUGCUAACGCAACCGAUCGAUCACGAUAAGAACAAGUGCUGUCAGUACUUUCCGCGCUUCGAUCAGUACAGUGACUUUGGCGAUAUACGGGUAAAGUGCACACAGGAGCUGAACCUGUCCCUGUACUACAAGCGUCUGUUUCUAGUUUCGAAGGGAAACCUAACGAAAGCAGUAUACCACUAUCACUUUCUGGACUGGCCCGACCACAGCUGUCCCGCCAGCACGGCGGAUCUGAUCAAGUUCUCCAAAAUCGUGCGUGCCGAGCGGAAAAGCUACGCCAUACCGCUCGUAGUGCACUGCAGUGCGGGAGUCGGCCGGACCGGCACGUUCAUCGCGCUCGACAUCAUACUGCAGCGGAUGCACCAGGAAAAGAAGAUCAACGUGUACGAUACGGUGAAGCGUUUGCGGCGCCAGCGGGUGAAGAUGGUGCAAACGCUCGACCAGUACACCUUCCUGUACCAGUGCUGCCUGGAAUGUGUGUCCAAGAGCAAUCGAAAAAAACCAAAGACAAGCAACGUAGAGGUGAUCCGGCGUGACGAUCGAGACAAACAGUAUCCGGACGUGAUCCUGGACGUGGAGCAGCAGCAAGUCGCCGUGGGUAAUGGGGGGAAGCCAUUGUUUAACAUCAAGUUUCCAAAGUCCGUCAGUGUAAACGUAAACAGCUUUGCUCCGACCGAAAUUGAAAAUGAUAAAUGAACGUAGGAGGUAUGCUAGGCUCGCCAGCAAAGGUUCUUGAGCAAACAGCAGGGAACUGUUUUGAUUUUGAUAUUGUUUUAUUUUCCUUACUAGAAAUACCGAUCUGUGUGUGUGUGUGUUAGUGGAAGGUUUAUUUAUUAUGUCCCGGAGCAGAGCGAGGUGCGUAGUAUAUGCGACUGCUUUUUUGAGAUGAAAACCCCGCAUGAUGAGGUGAGAGCAUUUGAUUCGGUAACGCCACGAACAACACUGUUGUGUGAUUAAUGUUGCUAUAAAAAAACAUAUGUUAUCUAUGUAGCUACAUAUUACUUACACGUUGGAAUUGGAGUCUUUGUCUGUAUGUACAUGUUCGUUAUUGUAAUCCAAUCGACUAACGUAUCGCUUGACUAAGUCAUCCAUCAGUCCACAACAUAAGAAAGAGUAUAGGGAGCUUACCGGUUUCCAACUAUAGACCAAAUGUUCCAAAAGUUUACACUGAUAUGAUAGAAUAAUUGUUCUGUUUUUUUUUAUUAAACUGCAUAAAUGCUUACAACAAAAA